AGAUAGAUAUAUAGAUAGAUAUGUUUAUUUUCUUAAAUAUUUUUGUUUCUCCCAAAAUUUCUUCGCUCAGUCGCUGAAGGGUUUUAGGCUUUUUUAGUUGUAAGAAGCAGAACUGAAGAAAAAAAGUGCAAAAUGGGAAGAAGAAUUCUGAAUGAUGCGUUGCGAACCAUUGUCAAUGCUGAAAAGAGGGGGUUUGCUUCCACUGAGCUUAAGCCCAUCUCUAAUGUCGUCGCCUCUUUCCUCCAAAUCAUGAAAUAUAGAGGGUACAUUAAGGAUUUUCAAGUUCAUGAUCCACAUAGGGUGGGGAGGAUAACUGUGCAGUUGCAGGGGAGGGUGAACGAUUGUCGGGCUCUUACUUAUAGACAAGACAUUAAGGCUCAGUACAUGGAGAAUUACAAAACUCGCAUGCUUCCAACGCGCCAGUGGGGAUAUGUAGUGGUCACGACACCAAAUGGAGUUUUGGAUCAUGAGGAGGCUAUCCGGCAAAAUGUUGGUGGCCAAGUGGUCGGAUACUUUUACUGAAGUUCUCAUGUACUGUUAUACUGCGAGGAUGAAGUCAGACGAGCUACUGCCAUUUUCUUCUUUCAAUCUUGUAUACUUCUCGUCUAGAGCUAAGAAAGUGUAGGAAGAACUUAAAAACUGUGUGAAGCUUCCAUUGUAAUAACUUAGGGAUGAUUUCUUGACACAACCAGUUGCUUGGCAUAUUCUCAAUUUUGUGUAUCUUUAACAAUGUCUUGUUGCUGCUAGUUCCGUGUUUCCCAGCUGCGGAUCUCUGUACGAGAUACUUGAAAAACGAAACUAGAAACCCGUAGAAGUUUCUUCGAUUUGGGAAUGUCUUAAUAUCUUUUGAUUUCUGGUUGCAAA